UUUACAAUUAUAGUUCAGAAAAUUCAAACGCAACUGAGUUUGCUAAAAGACUGUUGAACAGAGCGCCAUAUUAUCUGAGUUCGAUAGGUCAGGUCUGCGACAGUUGCUGAAGGCGCACUGUUUGACAGUCAUGGAAGUAACGAUAUACAGCAGCGGGACGGUUCAGCUUUCUCACUGACUACACUAGCUCUUUUAGCAAAUGCCCACAAUGGCGUCUGUUUUGGAGGAUCCAACCCUAGACAGACACUUCAAGGGACAUAAAGAUGCCGUCACCUGUACAGAUUUCAACCCAAAUUGCAAACAACUGGCCUCAGGGUCAGUGGAUAAGAGCCUGAUGAUCUGGAAUCUGGCUCCAAAGGCGAGGGCUUUCCGCUUUGUAGGCCACCAAGACGUCAUCACCGGGGUGCAGUUCUCCCCUUCUGGUAGCCUGGUGGCCACUUCCUCCAAGGACAGAACUGUCCGACUGUGGACACCUUCCAUGAAAGGAGAGUCCACUGUGUUCAAAGCGCACACGGCCGCUGUACGCAAUGUUGCCUUUUCCCAUGAUGGCCAGAGACUGGUGACAGCGUCUGAUGACAAGUCUGUCAAAGUGUGGAGUGUUCACCGGCAGUGCUUCAUCUGCUCUCUCAGCCAGCACACCAACUGGGUUCGCUGUGCCAGGUUUUCUCCAGAUGGACGUCUUAUAGCUUCCUGCGGAGAUGAUCGCACUGUCCGACUGUGGGACACGUCCACCAAACACUGCAUCAACUGUUUCACCGACUAUGGAGGAUCAGCAACAUUUGUCGAUUUUAACUCAAGUGGCACCUGCAUUGCAUCCUCUGGAACUGACGGCUCACUGAAAAUCUGGGAUCUACGGACCAACAAGCUGAUUCAGCAUUAUCAAGUCCACAGCGCAGGAAUCAACAGCUUUUCCUUCCACCCAUCCAACAACUACCUGAUCAGUGGCUCCAGUGACAGCACUGUGAAGAUCCUGGACCUGCUGGAGGGACGCCUCAUCUACACCCUCCAUGGACACAAGGGUGCUGUAAUCACAGUAGCCUUUUCCAGGACUGGAGACCUCUUUGCCUCAGGGGGAGCUGAUAGUCAGGUGCUGAUGUGGAGGACAAACUUUGACACCAAAUCUUACCAGGACAUCCUGCAACAACACAGCCGGAGGUCCUCCCCCGAUCCCCCGCCCCACGUGACUGACAUCCAUCCCAGAGGACCCCACCUUCACCACCCGCAGCCCACAGCAAUUCAGAUCAGUCCAACAGUGGCAGAUACUCAGUCCACUGAUCCGCAUGUCAUAGAGUUGGGCCAAGCUCUUCACAGCACCACGCUCUUAAACGGUCGGACACACUUGACGCCCACGCCGGCCGCCGACAACGGUCACCACUCCAACGGUUUGCGCCCGCAUCACACGGGCGGUUCGAGAGGGGAAGGAUGGAUAGGAGACGAGAGUGCCGGUAGGGCAGGUGCGACUGCCAGGAGCCAGACUGAGGCCAGCAGAGGAGGAAGAGGAAGGAGAGAGGAAGAGGAGAGAGGACAGACGCACCCACUAGAAGUUCUCUCCGGCCAUCCAUCAUGUCUGGAGUCUACCCUGCGGCACAUUGUUCAGCAGCUGGAUAUUCUCACGCAGACUGUCUCAGUGCUGGAGGAGCGCCUCACCCUGACUGAGGACAAGCUGAAGGAGUGCCUCCUCCACCAGUCCCACAUUCUGAAGGAGGUGCAGUCUUCAGGAGGGAGGCGAAGGACGGGGAGCGAGGAGACGGAUGGAUCACCUGUUCAUUUCACUUGAGGACGAGCUCACCCUCCCUCAGACUGCAGCACACACACACACACACACACACACACACACACACCGAGCUGUGUUGCUUAACCCCAAGGCUGCUCGACACGAGUGUGUGUGUGUGUCUGCUUAUGUAUGUGUGUCUGUGUGUUUCUAAAUGUCCACCCCGGUGGUCUCUCUCAGGGGUCAGUGGGUUAAUCAGGAUUUGGGCUGGGAUCGUUUUUGUGUGUGUGUGUGUGUGUGUGUGUGUGUGUGUGUGUUAUAGCAACAUAUUUUCUUCAUGUCUUUCUUCACCUCUUAAGGAUAUCCAGCUGUACAGCCAAGCAGAGUCUGGCUGGGACAUUCCACUGUGUGUGUGUGUCUGUAUGUCUGUGUGCGUGUGCGCGUGUGCGUGUGUGUGUGUUAUAUCCAAUCGAGACAGCUGCAGCUAUGAAAACAGACGCCACUUGUCUGCUGUAUGACCUGUGUGUGUGUGUGUGUGUGUGUGUGUGUGUGUGUGUGUUUACAUAUGUACGUUUGUGUAUCAGCACAUGUUUUAGCAGUCAGUUGCUUCCGCAGUAACAUUUUUCAUUGUAAUCUUGUGCACCCUUAAAUAAUGCCAUCUCGCUUUAAAACUAAGUGCAUA